CUUAUUAGACUAAACCAAGCUCGCGCAGCCAUGGUCCACCGCCCAACCAACAAAAACCCUUACAAACCAAACCAAACAGAAAAAAAGGCUACUGCUGCUGCUGCUGCCCACCUAGCCAUGCGCCACACUGUACGCCCACGCCCCCCUAGCCUUCCCGGCAACGUCGACGACGCGGCCCCGAGCUACUGUCCUGCUGCUGCUGAGGGGGUGUCCCGCAGCGUACCCCUUUUCCGCUCUCUCGCCUUGCCUGCCGGCUGGGUUUCCCUCUCGGCCUAA